AGUGAUUAUGUCUAUUGUUAUUACUGUUCGAUGCUUUAUGUACACGCUACUCAUAACUUUUCCUUGUUAUGUAUCGAUGGUAACCAAAUGUGAAGUGUUUGAUUUGUGCACAAUAAUUAAUGACUUCUUGAAUACAAAAAAAUCGGAUAAAGCAGUUCGACGUAAAAUAAAAGCCCUACACCAGUUAAGUCGCACUAAUGAGUUUACUUACGUUCUAUGUGGAGUUAUUAAUUUAGAAAUGACACUGCCGUUGAGUUACACAAGCCUUUGUACCACGUAUCUCAUUAUAAUACUUCAAGUCUCCAAGUUUAUUGAUUAAGGGGAAAAAAUUCUAAUAAAUGUCAAGUUUGUUUUGUA